UUUACAUUUUUUGAAGCGUGACGACAGAUAACACUAAAAAAAAAAUAGAUCCAUUAAUUAAUAAUGAAUCAUUUUCAAGCAUUUACUUUUUCAGUUCUCUUGUUGCCAGUUUGGGGUUUCACAGCUAAAAUCCAGCAACCCAAUUUAGUCUUCAUCUUAGCUGAUGAUUUUGGAUGGAAUGAUGUCAGUUUCCAUGGUUCCAAACAAAUACCAACUCCAAACUUGGAUGCCCUGGCAUUCUCAGGUCUAAUUUUACAAAACUACUAUGUAACUCCUCUCUGCACUCCAUCAAGGAGUGCUUUAAUGACUGGAAAGCAUCCAAUCCACACAGGAAUGCAGCAUGAUGUGCUUUAUGGAUUUUCAAGAUAUGGAUUACCACUGUCAGAAACCACUUUGCCUGACCAUCUGAAAUUACUUGGUUACAGGAAUCAUAUUGUCGGUAAAUGGCAUUUGGGUCACUACAAAAGUGUGUACACACCACUUCAGAGAGGAUUCGACUCCCAUUAUGGGUAUUGGACUGGACACCAAGACUAUUACGACCAUACGGCUGUCGAAUCGAAUGCUUGGGGUUACGAUAUGAGGAGAAAUAAUUCCGUGGAUUGGUCUGCGUACGGAAAAUACACGACUACAAUUUUGACAGACGAAGCUCGUGACGUAAUAACUAAACACGACGUUUCGAGCCCCCUGUUUCUCUACAUAGCCCAUCUCGCCGUUCAUUCGGCCAACCCAUAUUCGCCUUUGCAAGCGCCUGAAGAAACGGUAAAAAUGUUUUCUAAUAUAAAGGAUCUCCAACGCCGAAGAUAUGCAGCCAUGGUACACGAAUUGGACGUUUCCGUUGGUAAGAUUGUAAAAGCCCUCGGAGAUAAAAAUAUGUUGCAGAAUACAGUCAUCGUCUUUAGCUCAGACAACGGUGGUCCCGCUGCAGGCUUUAACCAAAACGCCGCGUCCAAUUGGCCUUUAAAAGGGGUUAAAAAUACUCCUUGGGAAGGAGGAGUCCGGGCUGCUGGUCUAGUAUGGUCUCCUUUGAUUCCAUCCCCGCGACGAGGCCAAGUGAUGUCCAAUCUGAUGGACAUAUCCGACUGGCUCCCAACACUUUAUGAAGCCGGAGGUGGCAAUGUGGCGACUCUAAAAGGAUUGGAUGGCGUAAGUCAUUGGGGUACAAUCCUAUAUGACAAGCCAUCUGCGCGUCAUCACGUACUUCAUAACAUUGAUGACCAACUUGGAUACGCUGCCAUUAGGAAAAAAAAUUGGAAACUAGUCAAAGGAACCACUUACGAUGGUUCUUGGGAUGGCUGGUAUGGGCCAUCGGGGAGGACGAACGAUAGCUGUAUGCAUUCUUUUCAUAGCAUCGACGACGCUAGCCCGAUCGAAAAGAAACAAUUACUGAAAAGUGAUGCUGGCCGCUAUGUUUCAAGGCUAGGAAUGUCUAUGACAAAUAAUCUUAAUCAGCUUCUUGAAGAUGCUGAAAUUAAAUGCGGUGAGAGACCGGUCGAUGCGCACCCUUGUUUACCGUUGGAUGCUCCUUGCCUUUUCGAUAUCGAUCAAGACCCUUGCGAGUACAAUAAUUUAGCGGAAAAACUGCCUGACAUUGCCAACGACUUGCUCGAACUACUAAACUGGUAUAAUUCAACAGCGGUCGCCCCCCUUAACACAUUGCCAGAUCCUAUGUCUAACCCGAAGUACUGGAACUAUACGUUUACAAAUUGGGCGGACUUUGAACAGACAUGGAACGUGUUAUUCUAAUAUCUCCCCAACUACUUUCUCUUAAUCGCUUUCAACACAAAUACUUUGACCAAUUGACCCAGUUGAUAUUCUUCUAGGACCCUUGAUUAAGACCUUGAGGUGUAAAGAAGAAAAGCGAAUGUCGAAUUAGAAGAUAUAAAGCAUUUA